CCCGCUGAGACCACUUGCCACGGUCGCUCCCCCUCCCACCCGCGGGACAAAGGGCGGGGGCGGGGGCGCAUCCCCACUCACGACCUUCCCCCGCACUGCGCACGCGCCCAGCUCCCCAACUGGUGCCAGGCCUUGAUCGCCCACGCGAGUGCGUGGGGUGCCCGGGGGUGGGGAGGCGCGGCUCGUGGCUUGGGCCCCCACCCUGCGCCUGGAAGUUGGGGCACACUCUCCCUCCCCCGCACCUCUCACUUCUUUGGCCCAGAGGCGACCUGUGGUGAGGGUCUGUCCUAUUUCGGCCAGGAUGUGCCUGCUCUGUCGACCCCACCGGUCCUUCUUCUUCCAGCACCCUCGUUCUCUAGAGUCUAGGAGUUUGUAACCCCAGGGGUCCUCCCUCAGUCCUGAGGGGUCUGGGUCCCCUCCUCCAUCAGACCCGGGAGUCCUGGCCCUCCCGCAGUCGUGAGCCCCAGCUCCCCCGGGAUGUCCCCGAGGAGUCCGUCUGUGUUCCUUCAUCUGUGGCUGCUGUUUCUGUCCAGUGCCCCUGAGGCUCUCAGCUGCUGGGGUCCACAGGAGGCCGCAACAUGAAUGAGCGAAACAUUAGCCGGAGGAGGACAGUGAAGAAGGACAAUGAGGCCUUCGAGAUUUCCAUCCCCUUCGACGAGACGCCCCACCUAGACUCACAGAUCUUUUACAGUCUGAGCCCCUCUCAGGGAAACUUCGAGGAGCCUCCGGAGGCUGCGUCCCCGACUGUGGCCCUGAUGAACGGUGUCAGGGCCCAGCUGCACAUGGCCCUGGAGAGGAACUCAUGGCUGCAGAAGCGCAUUGAGGAUCUGGAGGAGGAGAGGGACUUCUUGCGGUGUCAGCUGGACAAGUUCAUCUCCUCUGCCCGCAUGGAUGCAGAGGACCACUGCCGGCUGAAGCCUGGGCCCCGGCGGGUUGAGGGUGACGGCAGAGGCGGGGCUGGGGGCGAGGCCUCAGACCCCGAGUCGGCUGCCUCCUCGCUCAGCGGAGCAUCUGCACAAGGCAGUAACGGGGAGAGGAAGAGGCAGAAGCAGAAAGGGGGCACUGGCCGGAGGCGCUUCGGGAAGCCCAAGGCCCGGGAGAGGCAGCGGGUGAAGGACGCCGACGGUGUGCUCUGCCGCUACAAGAAGAUCCUGGGCACCUUCCAGAAGCUGAAGAGCAUGUCUCGGGCCUUCGAGCACCACCGAGUGGACCGCAACACGGUGGCGCUGACCACGCCCAUCGCGGAGCUGCUGAUCGUGGCCCCCGAGAAGCUGGCGGAGGUGGGCGAGUUCGACCCCUCCAAGGAGCGUCUGCUCGAGUACUCGCGCCGCUGCUUCCUGGCCCUGGACGAUGAGACCCUCAAGAAGGUGCAGGCCCUCAAGAAGAGCAAGCUGCUGCUUCCCAUCACUUACCGCUUCAAGCGGUGAUCCCGCCCCACCUGGCCCGGGACACGCCCCCGGCCCCUCUUUCCCUCCCCCUCCGCCCUCCCGGCACUGGUCAAGCGUGUGUAGGAGUGGUGGACCCUCCUGCGGACCGCCACCCCCUCCCCGGGUCCCCUGAUCCGCCCCUUUGCCUCUCUCAUUCCUAGCAUCCUCCCCCUCCUCCGCAUUUACUGGGGUGGGGGCGGUCCAAGAACUACUGUCCAGGGGCCGGUUUCUGCCCUUUCCUAAACACUGGCACCCCCUCCCACCUGAGCGGCACCGUCCUGCCGUCACCCGGCCCUUGCUCCUGGGAAAACUGCGGGACUGCGGGGCGAGGGCACUGUACAUACCCCGUUGCCGCCCCCAGCCCCGAGGAGAGGCUGGCCCACCUGCCCGCCCUGCAAGGAGCUCCCCAACCGAGUUCCGGGACCGCUCCGAGUCCACGUGAGACAGAGAGUUAUUAAGAGAAUUUAAAUUAAAAAGAGAUGAUAAAAUUUGGAAUAAACUAGGCCCUGGCCUUUUCCUGGGAGGGGGUGGCCGUUGCCGCGAAGACGGUGACGGAGGCUCUGAGGGGUUCCGGGGCACGAACAGUCAGGCGGGAAACGGGGAGGUUGGGGAGACAGGGUGUGAUUAGCUCCCCGGGGGCAGGGGUGGGAGGGGAGAAGGAGCUGUGCCCUGGGGCAGAGCUCCGGAAAAAAGGCGUGAGCACUACCCGCUGGGCUACUUGGACUAGAGGCACGGCGGCAGGAGGCGGGACUCAAACCUCUGGCGGAGGCGGCCAACGAGGGGAACGGGGAAUCUCUGAGCGUAGGCUUCCGCCAGGAGGCGGUAAAGCGAAAUUAUCGGCCUCCCGGAAGUGUCCG